GCAUCAUCCCAUGAAUCACUGCGGCAAUGCACAUGUUUGAUCGGACCUGAUCUGUCCACUCAUCAUCGUCAUCGUUGCUGAAAUUGUUGCUGAUGGCUCCUCGCGUGCCUGACGCCUCAGCGGAUGUGGCCAUCGACGUGCAGGCAGCCGCAGGUUGGACCCAUCCCACCCCGCAGCCGCUCCCCGCCUGGCCUGCAACAAACUCACCCACCCCAUUGCCCGCUCUCCCGCCCCCGUUGCCGCAGAUUGCCCAGCCGCCCAAUGGAAUGCUGAGUGUGCCGGCUGUUGUCCCAUGGUGGCCAGAGAUCCCGAGGGUGGUCAAGGUCAUGCACCAAACGUACCAAACUCUUACAUGUCCAGCCCCUGUUCAGUGUUUGUCUGGGUUGUGUGUUCUGACUGUUGACUUGCAGCUGCUGAGUUGGAGCUUUUGGGCGUUCGUCUUGUCGCACCUCGUCUUUCUCUUGCUCAUGCCUCAAGUGCUGGACUGGGUGCCCCGCUCCCCUCUGCCGAUGCUCCUCUGGUCUAUUGCGGGGUUGGGUGUGUUGGUCGCUUGCUCGAGGUCCUUCUACAAUCGCAUGUCAGAGAUCGCCCCCCUCCACGGCGGCGACUUCACUCCCAAGCGGACUCGACUCGUGUUGAUGGUUACCCAUGGCCUCGUGAUGCUGCUGAUGGCGGCUGUCUUGCUGUCUCUGGUUUUCGGCGGAGAAGCGCUUAGGUUGCCGGCCGAGAGGGAGGACACUUGGGCGUCUAGAUUCGACUUCGUGGAGGUUUGUCUGGUGGUGACCGUGGUGGUUCUCAUGAGGACGACUAAGACAAUCGCGCUGCGGCGCCCUUGGUCGCCGUCUAUCGCGAUUCCUAGGGCUAUGUUGACAGUGAGUUGCGACUUUGCUGGAAGUAUCGUGGUGGUGACGGUCGCACGCAUGGCCACGGAUGUGUUGCUAUCCACCUUUGGGGAGGUUGCUUCCCGCGCCACCAAGGAAGGAUGAGUGCUGACGGACGAGAGAUUGAGUAGCGUAAUAGCAGGGGGGAGGGGAGGGAAGGUGCCGUGUGUGGAUGUGUGUUGGCGGUUUGGUGAUUUGGUCUAUGAGCGCUUUUGUGGACGGAUGUGUGUAUCUCUUAUCUCUUUCUCGGUACAUUUGUCCACUGCCAUCAAUGAGUGAGAGAGACAUGGACAGGGUGGGUGUGUCUCCGUGUCCUCCCACUGAAUGCAUCUCCUUACG